CAUAUAUACAUUUAAUGUUGUGUUGACUCCAAAUGACUAUAAUAUAAAGCCUAUGAGUGAUUGUAAGCCAUUUAGUCUCAAAAAUGUAAUCCUAAGUGCAGUCAAUGUCUACUUUAUAUGCUUUCAAAUACUAUUAUUAUAUUAAUUAUAUGUUUAUUAUAAACUAAUUUAAUCACAAAUCACACAUUUAUGGGCUAAGCAAUAGUUUUUCAGUCAAUAGAUUUCAUACAUUUUUAUUGUAAUAUUUAUUUAAUACUUCUUAUAAUAACAAAAAUCAUUUCACUUAUGAGAUAUCCUAACUUAUCUGAGUCUGUCAUCCGAGAGUCCAAAGAGUAUCUGAAAUUAGUAAUCGGUAUAACAGUUAACCAUCAAUGGAUUCGCAAAGAAAACAGUUUUAUUUGGGAGACGACUGUCCGCUGCCGACGACAGUGCCUUCAGUAGAGAUCGUUAUCGACGAAAGCAACGAUGGCUACCAACAGCCAUCUGGUGUGGUUCCCACCGCUGAUGACUACGACUACAAGUGUGACUGCAAACCAUACUAUUAUGAUAAUCAAUGUCUCAACGGAGCCAUAACUCCGGAGUCAAAGAACUCGUCGAACGCUUCACUCUUGUCAUCCAAUAGUAACGCUAAAGAUCUGGACUUUUCUGUAUUGCAGACAAUCAUUGAGAAAGAGAUACUUCCCAGUCAUGACUCACCAAACACCUGUCCCCCCACUCCCCCGUUCGGCAUUAAUAUUAACCGCGAAGAGGCUCUGCUUACGACAAGUAUUCAAAUUUUCAUUGCAUUUAUGAUCGCUGGUUUCGGCAAUGUUGGCGCCGGUCUUAUACUCGAUUACGUCCAGCACUGGAGUGUAUUCAUUCGGAUCACAGAAAUGUUUGUUUUGGUGCCAUCGCUGUUGGGUCUGAAGGGUAACCUUGAGAUGACAAUGGCUGCCCGUUUGUCGACUCACGCCAAUCUCGGAAAUAUGCAACACUGGAAACUGACACUAAAGUUAGCCAAAGGCAACAUCGCUCUCGUCCAGUGUCAGGCAACGGUAGUCUCAUUCUUAGCCGCUAUUGUGGCCAUCAUCUGGAGUGUUGUUGCCGGAGAAGCUGAUCUCAAUAAAAGUUUGACACUCGUGUCCUCCAGUCUCAUCACGGCUAAUGUCGCCUGUUUUGCUCUCGGAUCGUGUAUGAUAUGUAUAAUUGUUUUCUGCGAUAAGAUCCGAAUUGAUCCGGAUAACAUCGCCACACCAAUCGCUGCCAGUUUGGGCGAUGUAACCACAGCUGCUUUAUUGGCCUGUUUUGCACAACUGAUCCACAAUCACACCUAUUCCGAACAGUUUCCAUACAUUGCCAUUGGAAUAAUCAUCUUUUUUCUGAUUUUACUACCAUUUUGGAUAUAUUUGGCCACAAAGAAUGAGUACACUAAGGAUGUGGUGACCAGUGGUUGGUAUCCUGUGAUCGCAGCGAUGAUGAUCUCAAGCUGUGGUGGUUUUAUACUCGACUACGGGGUUGCUCUUUACGACAGAAUUGCUUUGUUUCAGCCAAUAAUUAACGGAGUGGGUGGUAAUCUUGUGGCGGUUCACGCGAGUCGUAUAUCAACGUCAUUAUUCAGAUAUGGCAAACCAGGCGUACUAUUUCCCGGAUUUCAAGCUUUCACCAGUCCUUUUGAAGCAUUUUUUACCAACAAAAACACAAACAUCAAAACAUCUCGUAUACUACUACUGAUGGCAUUGCCGGCGCACAUACUCUACAUCGUUACCGUCAAAUUGAUCGACAAAAGCGAGAACAUCCACUUAACGGCUCCCUUCUUCGUAUUUUACCUGUUCUUUGCGUUACUUCAGGUAUCGCUAUUGUUAUAUAUGGCAUACAAUUUGGUUCAUAUUCUUUGGCUCAAAGAGAUUGAUCCGGACUCGUAUGCAAUUCCUCUCUUGACAUCUUCUGGUGACUUUUUGGGCUCUGCUUUUCUUCUCAUAGUCUUUAAAAUACUAUAUCUGAUCGGUGAUCCAAAUACUCGCAACUAAAAUGACAGUUUUAACCACAAUUAGCCCCUGAUUUUUAUUUCAAAAUUUCCGCCACUUUUUAAUUUUUUUUAAUUAUGUUAACAUUUAGUUAUGAAAAUAAUUUUAUACCGGUACAUUAAUUUUAUUGAAUGUUAUUUAUCAAAUUUUAUUAACUAUUUAAAUGAAAUCUCUAUUGACAUCCUUAAAAAUUUAAUUUAAUUAAAUGUGUGAAUUUAUGUUUUAUAAUUACAAAAUCAAUAGUUUAAAUAAAUUUCUAUUUUG